CAAGGUUUUAUCUCAGCUGAUAUAGACAGUAGCAGGAAUUGAGAAAAAUAUGAAUGGCUUUAAUAUUUGACAUAAUGUUACAGAACAUAGCAGACUUCUAUGCAGUCAAGAUGACUUAAAGAAGUCGAUUUAUUUACAAUGAGUAAACUUCACGAAGCAGACGACCCUGUUGUUAGAAAGCGUCACGAGGGUACCACAUUAAACCAAAAAGCGGAUAUACUCGGGCAGAAGACAAAAGCUGGAAACGUUAAAGAAGAAGUUCCGAAUACUUCCGGAAACAGUGACGAGAAGAUUUCGGACAAUGAUAAUGGUAAAAAUCAACAAAAUUCAGAGAACCGUUCUGCAAAUGCAAGAAAUCAGGGUUCCAGUCUGUUUUAUAUUCCAAAACGAUUGAUAGUGACGUUUAUGUCAGGGUUGGGCUUGUUACUAGUGUACGCGAUGCGGACGAAUGUGGGGGUGAUGGUUGUUAUGAUUCUAGACGACAGAGCGUUUGAAAAAGUUGGAACAAUAGAUGCCAAAAUAAAUAUUCCGCGGGUAAACUGGGAUAGCCGGAUGGUUGGUUUUCUACACAGUAUUUUCUAUAUGGGAUUCCUGAUCUCUCAAAUUCCUGGCGCUUUCCUAACAACAAUAUUACCGACACAUAAGUUAUAUGGUGGCUGUAUAUUCACCUCGGCAUUAUUGAACAUUUUGCUACCUAUAUGUAUAGAUAAUGGGCAGUUUUCUCUCGUUUGUUGUGUUAGAUGUGUCCAAGGACUCGCAGAGGGUUUACUAUAUCCAGCAUGUUACGGUAUUCUCCGACAUUGGACAGCACCCCGUGAGCGUAGCCGUCAAGUAUCUGCUGUGUUGUCAUGUAAGGGUUGGCAUGUGGGCCUGGAAGCCAGAACGGUGUGUAUAGUAUGGUACAUGUUUUGGUUGUUUCUGAUAUAUGAAAAACCAUCCCAUCAUAAAUACAUCAGUGAAAACGAGUUUGAAUUCAUGGAAAAAUCCCAGGGAGCUGACGUGAUUGAUUAUGAGGUAGAGUAG